AACGACUUAAGUUCAUUAAGGAUGUAACUCAGUGGCGGAGAAUGUGCAUCUCACGUAGGAGGACCUGGAUUGGAGCACCAGGCACGCACAGAAGUCAAAACUACAAGUCCCAGGCGAUCACAUGUCGCAGCCUCCUGAAGAUCGACCUUUUCUUGGGGGCAAUGCGCGAUGGUACUCGUAGUCCAGCCGCGUUACGGGGCGGGACUCGAAGUACCGGCAUAGGCGAGAGAGGCAGGAACCACCGUUAUUCUUACCAAUGGGCAGUGCGCAGUGCGCUUGAGUGGCUCCGGAAGGACCAAUGGCUGCGCGCGGAGCCUGAGUGACGGGAAGCGCAGCCUACGGGCAGUUGGUGGGGAGGGCCCGGGCGCGGCGGCCCUAGUGCGAACCAUGGGAGGCGGCUGGUGGUGGGCACGGGCCGCCCGCCUGGCCCGACUCCGCUUCCGGGGGCCGCUGCUGCCGCCUCCGCGGCCCCGGAGCGGCGGCGCACGGGGCUCCUUCGCCCCCGGCCACAGUCCGCGCUCCGGGUCCACGCCGCCACCGGUGUCCGAGCUGGACCGCGCCGACGCCUGGCUCCUCCGGAAGGCGCAUGAGACAGCUUUCCUCUCCUGGUUCCGCAAUGGACUCCUGGCGUCGGGCAUUGGGGUCAUUUCCUUCAUGCAGAGUGACAUGGGUCGGGAAGCCGCCUACGGCUUCUUCCUGCUGGGCGGCCUGUGUGUGGCAUGGGGUGGCACCUCAUAUGUGGUGGGCCUGGCGGCACUGCGCGGGCCCAUGCAGCUGUCGCUGGGAGGCGCCGCAGCGGGCGUGGCCGCCGUGCUGGCCGCCGGUCUGCUCUGGGCCUGCGCCGUGGGCCUCUACAUGGGCCAGCUGGAGCUGGACGUGGAACUGGUACCCGAGGACGACGGGACGGCCACCGAGGAGGACCCGGACGAUGGGGGACGCCCACCCCCAGAGUGAGCUGCAGGACUGCGAGCACUGGCCCGAGAGCCCGCGGUUGGGGACAUUAAAUCUGACGCUUGGCC